UCUAGAAGGUCAAACUAUGAAUAAGGAAACACUACUGUAUCACGUUUAAUUCUCAUGCACCCCCUGAGUAGCUGUUAGGACCACAGAAAUGGCUGUGAUCAGGUAAGAGAUGGUUUGACCAGCUGUCUUCAGAGGUCAGACCUAGUCAGGUGACAGAAAGAUUCAGAGCGGUACAGUAAGCCCCUCACACUGCUGACUAAGGGUGGGGCUGGCCUCAGAAGCAGGCAGGAACACUCCUGGACUGGCUGUGCUCAGACUCCUGACUCCUGUCUUCUCUUACAGCUUCCGGAGGACUCAAGGCCACUUGUCCACCCCUCUCCACCUUUUACUUCCUUUUUGUGAUCUUUGUGUUGUCCACCAUCUUCUACUGCCACCGGCGCCUGGCUCUAGUGCCUGACCCCUGGGCCUCUUCAGCCCUUGUGGUCUUAGCCCCAAGAAACCUGCCCCCGGAGGGCAUGUUCACCAUCAAUGUCAAAGGCCGCCUGGGGAACCAGAUGGGCGAGUAUGCCACCCUGUUCGCACUGGCCAGGAUGAACGGAAAGCCCGCAUUCAUCCCCGCAUCCAUGCACAGCACCCUGGCACCCAUCUUCAGGAUCAGCCUCCCGGUGCUGCACAGCGACACCAACAGGAAGAUCAAAUGGCAGAACUACCACCUGAACGACUGGAUGGAGGAGAGGUACCGGCACAUCCCGGGACGCUAUGUGCGCCUCACAGGGUACCCGUGCUCCUGGACCUUCUACCACCACCUGCGCCCCGAGAUCCUGCAGGAGUUCACGCUGCACGAUCAUGUGCGUGAGGAGGCCCAGGCCUUCCUGCGUGGCCUGCGGGUGAAUGGGGACAAACCGAGUACGUUUGUGGGUGUCCAUGUGCGCCGGGGGGACUAUGUGCAUGUCAUGCCCAACAUUUGGAAAGGCGUGGUGGCUGACCGGGGUUACUUGGAACAGGCCCUGGGCAGAUUCCGGGCGCGCUAUCCAUCUCCCGUCUUUGUAGUCACCAGUGAUGACAUGGCCUGGUGCCGGAAGAGCAUCAGUGUUUCCCGAGGGGAUGUGUCGUUUGCUGGCAAUGGCCUCCAGGGAUCUCCUGCCAGGGACAUCGCGUUGCUCACGCAGUGCAACCACACCGUCAUUACCGUGGGCACCUUUGGGAUCUGGGCCGCCUACCUCACAGGUGGGGAUACUGUUUACCUGGCUAACUUUACUCAGCCCAACUCCCCCUUCCACAUGGUUUUCAAGCCACAAGCAGCCUACCUCCCCAACUGGGUAGGCAUUGCUGCUGACCUGACAUAGGCCCAGCAGAGGAACCUCUAGCGGUGCCUCAACCUGGGCCCCCCAAGAGGCAUUGAAGGCUUGCUGCUUGCUCAGGUUCCCACAUGCAGUUCCAGCCCAGCCUUCUGUGUUUCACAGCUGAGAGAUUCUGGGUCAAUGAUGUCACCUCGCUGCCCUCCUGUGCACCCUGAGCAUGUGAGCGCAGUCUUGAGUUACCUAGCAGCGACAUGCACAGGUGAUCCGAGUUCCUCUGUAUCCAGAGAGAGUUGGCCACUGUGUCUGGAAGUCUGGAAUGCUUUCACCCGGAGGGCAGGUUCUAUGGCUGUGAUGAGACACCAUGGCGAUAAACAGCCUGCAGAGGAAGGUGCUGUUUAAACCCACACUCCCACUCCACACUCCAUCACUGAGGGCAGCCAGAGCAAGACCUCAGCCUGCAGGACCCUAGGGAGGGAACUGAUGCAGAGGCCAUGCAGGAGUGCCACUACCUGCUUGCUGAGCCUGCUGCCUUAACUGACCUAGGACCACCUGCCUGGGCCUUCCUACAUCAAUCAGUCGAGAAAAUGCAGGGCAGAUGUGGUGGGAGCGGCUUUCCUGCUGAUACUGACUCUUCAGAGCGCCUCAGCUCCUGUCAAGCUGACAUAAAGCUAGCUGGCAGAGCCAGCUUUGCGCUGUCCUUCCCCUCACCCACCAGCAUGUAGGGUCCUGGGGGGUAUUUGGUGGUGGUGCGGCUCCUGCCCUGGAGUUAUGGGACAUUUCCAGCCGCUGGGAGCUUGAGCUUUGGGGCACAACCUUAUAGGAAAGGGAAGUUGGAGGAGCAGGCCUGACGAAGGUGCCGGGUGGUGGGCAGCUGUGUAGAUACUCAGUCACACUGAACUCCAGACUGUGUUUGUGUUUGCGUUAACCAAAUAAAAUCAACCUUGGUUCGCGGGUGAAGUCAGCAUCUGGUUUGCUGGAGCUAGACAC